AUGGAUAAUACAACAAUCUCGUGUAACUGGAAGAAUUAUGAUUUUAUUACAUCAGUUCCAACCAUUGAAAACACCUUUCAAAUACUUAAUUAUGAAACAAUAAAAUGUUCCAAUAAUGAAAUGAUGUAUAAUUUGACAAGAAAUAUAGAACAUAUUAAUUACCCGAUGUCCUCUAUAAUGGAUGAAGGAUACACUUGUCCUAAAAAAUGCAAAUGUUUUUGGUAUCCGGUUAAUUUUAACUUUAUGGUGGAUUGCUCAAAUAGAAAACUAAAGAAAAUUCCUAAAUUUUGGGCUCCAAGUUAUAUUCCCAAGAGAGGUGAAAACAUCGAAGUCAAAAAUAUAUCGGUCGAUUUGCAAAACAAUAACCUAGUUGAAGGUCCUUCUCAACAUGAUGGAUAUGAUAAUGUAACUAGUUUGAUUUUAUCAAAAAAUGAAAUAAAAAAUAUAACAUGGAUACCAUCCAACAUACAAGUUCUCUAUUUGGACCAAAAUAAAAUUUCAUUUUUAAAUGACCAACUAAUUGAUUCAUUAACUAGAUCUUCCUUAAAGUCUCUUAAACUUGGAGAAAAUCCAUUUAUUUGCGAUUGUACAACUGUAAAACUAAAGCAAUAUUUAAGCGGCAUUAUUCAGGUGGACAAAGAAAAUAUUAAAUGUGAUAAAACAAACAUGAAAAUUAUCAAUGCCGAGAAUAUUUGUGCUGAGGAAAGUUUUCCUUGGGUUAUUAUAGUAUUAGUAUUAGUAUUAUUAUUGUUUCUACUAUCCCUCUUGGCGAGUUACUACAAAUGGAAAAAGUACAUCAAAAUGUGGCUGUAUUACAAAGGAUGGUUGUUAUGGUUUGUCACAGAAGAAGAACUGGACAAAGACAAGGUUUACGAUGUUUUCCUUAGCUUCUCCCAAAAAGACGACGAUUUCGUUCUUGGAACAUUACUGCCCACCCUCGAAUCAGGACCGAAUCCUUACAAGGUGUGCGUGCACUACAGAGACUGGAUACCUGGAGUACUUAUAACCGAGCAAGUCAUCACUUCGGUAAGAGAUUCCCGAAGAACUCUUGUGAUAGUCUCGAAAAACUUCUUGGAGAGCUGCUGGACGAAAAUGGAAUUCCGAACCGCUUACACGCAGGCCCUCACCGAAGGAAGGACCAGAGUCAUAGUUCUUGUGUAUGGGGAAGUGGACAUGACGCAGAUUGAUGGUGAUUUGAGUAUCUACAUGAAAAUGACUACGUACAUCAAGUGGGAGGAUCCUUGGUUCUGGAGGAAGAUGUUUUAUGCGUUGCCGCACAGAAAUAGAAAUAACCCAAGUAGAAACACCAUUGUAUAAAUAUAUGUAUAUGUAUGUAAUAAAAACACUAAGAGUAAUAUACGUAUAGAU